CCAAACCCUAAUUUCUCUUUUUGUAUUUGUUAUUUUUCCCCUGUCUUCUUCUUCUUUAUUCUUUUAGGCGAAUUUCUCAAUUGCGUUCAAGCAAAGCACCUCUUCUUCUUACCUCCCAAAUUUCGUGGAUUUUAUAUUUAUUCUUCUUCGAUUCUUCUCUUUCUUGUACCUUUCGGUGUGUAGAAUUCUCAAUCGGAUCUGCUCGACAUUUGAUUUAUAUAAGUCAUCAUGAUUCUGAGUCAAACGAUGGUUGCUGAAGCUGAGAUCAGGGUUCUUGACGUUAAGUGCCAUAUCUCCGCUCCCAAAGAUCAGAAUAAUUAUCAGAUCGACGAAGUUCGAGUUUCUGACUCUGUUCGUGCUGAGAUUUCCGGUUCUGCUGAAACGCCUCGAUUUGGAUCGGGCAUGAGUUGUGUGACUACUACUAUUGAAGAUUCAACUAGUGAGUUUAUCCCAGCUAUACGAUCUGGGAGCUUUGCUGACAUUCGAAGCCGAGAAACCAUGGAGGAUGAACACGUUUGCAUUGACGACUUGUCAGCUCAUCUUGGAUCCUUCAACUUCUCGUUACCAAGUGCUUUUUAUGGUGUGUUUGAUGGCCAUGGUGGGCCUGAGGCAGCAGUUUACAUGAAGGAGAACUUGACAAGAUUGUUUUUUCAAGAUGCUGCGUUUCCGGAGAUGCCCUCCAUUGUGGACGCUUUUUUCUUAGAAGAGCUGGAGAAUUCUCACCGAAAGGCUUUUGCUUUGGCUGAUCUUGCCAUGGCUGAUGAAAGCAUUGUCAGUGGUUCUUGUGGGACAACUGCUUUGACCGCUCUCAUAAUUGGACGACAUCUUUUGGUUGCUAAUGCUGGAGAUUGCCGCGCAGUGUUAUGUAGAAGAGGAGUUGCUGUUGAUAUGUCUUUCGAUCACAGAUCAACAUAUGAGCCAGAACGAAAGCGGAUUGAGGAUUUAGGAGGAUACUUUGAGGACGGAUACCUCAACGGGGUCCUUGCUGUCACCCGUGCCAUUGGGGAUUGGGAGCUGAAGAAUCCUUUCACUAAGUCCUCUUCACCACUGAUUUCAGACCCAGAGAUUCAACAGAUCAUUCUAACAGAGGACGACGAGUUCUUGAUUUUGGCAUGUGAUGGUAUAUGGGAUGUGUUGUCAAGCCAGAAUGCAGUGAGUAAUGUAAGGCAAGGAUUGAGGAGGCAUGGUGACCCGAGACAAUGUGCUAUGGAACUUGGAAAAGAAGCAGCGAGGCUCAACUCGUCAGAUAAUAUGACGGUGGUAGUCAUCUGCUUAUCCUCGAUCCCAUCUUCACCUAAACAACCGCAGAGGAGAAGAUUGAGAUUCUGUGUUUCUGAUGAAGCCCGGUCUCGGUUACAAGCAAUGCUUGGAGGAGAGUGAAAGCAGUGUUUAUGGCAGUAUAUACAGGGAGCGGUGUUACUGAUCUAAUGAUUAUUUCUCUAAUUUGAGAUUCAAUUGGAUAAAGAUAAAAUAAGAGACUUAGAGAGUGAUAGAGAGUUAAGGACAUGUCUGUAAUGUGGUUACUCAUUUUUGAUUGAUCUGUGUUUUUUGGUUGUUUCAGAGAGAGAGAGGGAGAUAGAGAGAAAAAGCAGCCUGAAGUUUUGGUAGGAUUAUUGAAAACUGAUUAUGAGGAUUUGAUUUUUGUUUUUUUUUGAGGAUUAGUGAUUUGUACCCAUUAUUGAUUGUUUUAAGGAUUUUUAAUUGAAGUAUCUGAAUCUAGAUUUUUGUCUGA